CAGGGAGGGAUACGCGACGAGGAGAACGAACUGGAGGGAUGAACGAGAAAUCCCCGCCUCCACGUAGAACCCGCCCUGCGCUUUGAGGGUGCUUGACAAGCGAAACUGCUCGAGGUAGGGAACACUAGCCGUCAAGUGCUCGUCGAGGACACUCAAAAACUACAAGGAGAGUCCUUCAGCAGCUCCGAAAAGGAAUCGGUAGCCUGCUUUUCAUGCCACUCAAGCAGAGUCGCCUUUCGCGUAAUCCAUUAAUAGUUAUUAGUGCUAGUGAUAAUUGACGACCGAUAAUUGACGAGUGUCUCGAAAAAACGGCAUAAGAAUCGGUGAUUGGAUUAAUCGGACUAAUUAUUCGGAUAUAUGUGCUAGACUUUCGUUGCACAUAUCCGAAUUGCCAUUGUGUGAAAAAUCAGUUAUUUAUGCUAAAAUAGAGAUGACAGUGUUGUGUGACAAAGAUAGAAGAAAGUGAACAAGAAAAAAAGAACCGAAAAUAUCAUGGGCAGCUGCAAUCGUGGAAAAAUAGAAGAGACCAGACAGAUUUCUAUAAAAGCCGAUCGAAAUAAAGAAUGUACUAUAGAAAAGAUAUAAUACACAUGCACCGUUAAUUUUCUUGAAGUAAGAACAGGCUAUUGGAAAGUAUGAAAAUGCCGGCUAGAACUUCUGGUUUUGCCAUCAGCGACAUUUUGGAAUUAAACGAUGCCAAACCGUCGCAAGAAGAACCAGAUGUGCAAGGUACCACGACGAUCUUACCAACGGCUACCGACAUGCCGUCGGCUUACCAGCAAUUUCUGGAGCACACAACCGCCAUGUUGCAACCUAUGCACGCUAAUCUGAACAGGGGUACACUACCACCGCCUCCACCUGGAUUAUUAGGAUGGCCAACUGGACCGGCAUUACCAACAACAUUAUCUCAACCCUUGGAGGAGGUGAAUGUUCUUCAACAACCAGACUCGACGAGCCCGGCAAUCUCGGAUAUGUCGUUCCCGUCACAACAGGAGAACAGUCACGAAUCAUCGAAGGACGAAGAGUCACAGGACUUUGAGGACGAACAACAGACUGGCAACGAGACGUCGCAACCCCAUGAAACCGAGCAUAAGAAACGUAAGCGACGCGUGCUCUUCUCCAAGGCGCAGACUUACGAGCUAGAGCGACGUUUCCGUCAGCAGCGUUAUUUGAGCGCGCCCGAGCGAGAGCACUUGGCCUCUAUCAUUCGCCUUACGCCGACUCAGGUGAAGAUCUGGUUCCAGAAUCACAGGUACAAGACGAAGAGAGCGGCGAGUGAACGUGUUGAAGCCGGUGGCAGCGGCUGCUCACCCAGAAGAGUCGCCGUGCCAGUGUUAGUGAGAGAUGGCAAACCCUGCCAAUCCAAGCUGAUGGAACCUACUGCAUAUCCCGGAAGCGGCCAGGUCCCUAUGGCGCCAUAUAUACCACAGAAAUAUUGGUGGUAAAGUAGUUAACUGAACUGACUAGGAUAAAAACAAUCCAGAGGAAUCUGUGGUGAUUCACGCUGAUCAAUGAUUAUUGCGAAACGAUAUUGCAAUAUCCCAUUAAAAUAUUGUCGUGAACAAGAAGUUCGUCAUAAAGAGAAGAGAACGAAGAAAGAUGAAGAAGAAAUUCAAGAUGGAAGGUAUGAAUAAUCUUAUAGCAGUGAUGUUGAACAUGUUAAAGUGUUAGAAGGUUCGUGAUAAUGCGAUAGUAAUAAUAAUAUGAAUUCAUCGAUGACAUCAUCGAUAUUAUCGUCAAAGAAAAAAGUAUAAAUGGUUAACAAGUGUUAGUUGAAAAUAAUUGACGGAAUAAAUUUUGGAACAUUGGUUCUUAAGUUCAACUUCUCGUGCAUAUCUCCUCUUGAACGUAAUUACAGACAUAGACGUAAAAUGAAAAGCUAAAUCAUUUCUAAGUUUGACAACAUGUUUAACUAUCAGGUGUAUUUCGAGAAACGUAUACAAUCGGACUUCUCAAAGUAAAAUUGCUUGACGUAUGUUUUACGGAACAAGUUUCACGAGAGUGUUUAACACGCGCGUCCAACGAACCCAAGCUUAAUUAAAAUCAGU